AUGAGGAUCGUCAUUCUUCACCUGAUAUUGAAGGACCUUCAAUGCAGGAACGAGUGUCUCAUAUUCAAUGCAGAGGUCUGUGUGAAGAAGCCGCCAGUGGCUCCCAAACCCAAACUCGCCCCCUCGGUGAAGCUCUCGCCUCCUCCCAUCGCUCCCAAACCUGAUCUUCUCGUCUCCCAGCCUUCCCAACCCUCCCCCCUUCUUACCCAACCCUCCCCUGCCGUGCUAAAGAGAGCCAAACCUGCUGUGGCGCCCAAACCAUGCCUCUCCAAACCCUCUGCCCCUCCAGCCCCGGCUUCUCCCCCACCCCUCAGACCCAGAGUACCCCAAACCCCAUCCCAGGAGUGCCGGGGGGCUGGGGAUGACAGCCUCUCCUUCCGCAACUCCAGAAACGGGAUCCUGUCGCAGCCCAUCCUGUGCGACUCGGACUACAUCAUUCCUACGUGCUCCUGUGGACUCCAGGACUGCUCCCAAUGCAAACGACUAGGGAAUGGGAACAUUACAGUGGUCGGGAGCAAUACGCUCGGCUCCUGGCUAAACGGGAAUGCCACGGAAAGCACUGGAACACUGGUAGCCAAUCUGCCGGGUAAAACAGAGAACGGAGACAGUGAGGAGAGCGGGGGAGUGACCAACACCCUCCAUCUCAGGCUCAAGGACAAACCUCAGAGACAGGAGGGGCAGAGGGAUGGAGAGGGGAGCAGGAAUGAAGAGAAGCUGCAGGGGAACAAAGAGGAGAGACAGAAGAACCAGAAAGGACAGGAGGGUCAGCAGUAUCAGACUGGUUCAGGGGACCAGUCAUGUAAUGUUCUUGAGGUGGCAGAGACACUUACACAGACUGAGACUAAAGCUUCUAAUGCAGAACAUACAUACACUGACAGCUGUAAUAUAGACUGCAAUGAGACCGACACCAUUCCCACUCCCCUCAUCCUCCCACUGGAAGUCUCCCCUAUCCGCAACCCCCCACAGACAGUCCCUCCCACCUGCACCCCCUCUCAGACAGUCCCUCCCACCCGCACCCCCUCUCAGAUAGUUCCACCCACCCGCACCCCCCCGCACAUUUUACCCCCCACCCUCGCCCCCUCCCAGGUGGACAGUGAGCCUGACAGCACCCCCCCCCACACAGACAAUAGUACACAGUGUUCCAGAAUACCCAGGCUACCCACUGACCUCUCGUUCCCUGCCGCUCCCAGUAAGCCCCUGCCCGUGCCGCUGCCACGUAAGCCCCGUAAGCCAGCCCUGGUAAGGCAGGACGGCCUGGAGGCCAGAACCCAGGAGGGAGAGACAAAGAACCGCACACAGGGGGGAGAGACAGAAGUCUCUCUCCCCCGCCUCCACAGAGCCAUCCACUGUCCCCCCUCCCUCAACCGAAACACCUCCCACUCUCUGGACUUGCUCUCUCAGCCUGAGCUCAAUGCACUGACCUCAGAGAGAAGAGGAGGAGGAGAGGAGGAAGAGGAGGAGAAGGAAGAAGAAGUUGAGGAAGGGUACGGAGACUUUGAGCGCUACCCCAUCACCCGGAGCCUGCCCAAACAGAUCAAGCUCAGCUGCCGCCCGCCCCCCGUCGGUAUGACAAUGAAGGCCAGCUCAGCGGAAGAGGGAGGGUCACCCAGGGCCCCGCCCAGGAAGCCCCAGAGACACAGCCUGCCAGCGGGUGCCCCCCCGUCCAUCACACCCCCUCCACCCCCUCCGCACCACACCAACACCCCCAUGAGGGAGCUGCCUGCCACCCCACAGGAGAAACCAGCCUGGCGCUUCCCAAGGCCCUUCUUCAGCAGGCAGAGCUCCUCCAGACACAGCAACCAGCAGCAGCCGAGGGCCCCCCAGGGGAAAGCAGCUCUGCUGGGAGGGAAACAGAGGGCACAGUCCUUCUCCUCGGCUGACCUGCUGGCCCGCGCCGACGGCACCAAGAGGAGCCUUUCUUUCCGGAAGCUUCUGGAGCUGCGGUUGUCUGUCAGGAUGUUGCCACGGUUACUGACCAGGAGCGGCGAGUCUCUGGAUUGUACCAGCGUGGAGCCGGGCGGACGGACGGGGAUGGUGGACCAGUCCAAUGGCAGCGUGGGGGUGUCUGGCGGGGAUGGAGAGGGGUCGGUGGAGUAUGAGAAUGUUCCUCUGUAUGAGGAGAUACCGGAGUACAUGAACCUGCCUUUCCUCAGCGCACGGCUGGGCUGGCCACUCACACACAGUCUGGACCCAAGCACACACAGACACAGUGACUCAGACGUCUAUGAGGUGCAGGAUCCAUACGAGAGCCACUGCGACUAUAAGCGACCCCAUUCCAUUGACUAUGAGAGGGGCUGGCAUGGAUUGGAUGAUGCUCACUCUGAGGAGGAAGUCCACAGCUCUGACGAGGAUGACAACAGCUCCACCUCCAGCAAGGAGCACCUGGAGCUGUCAGAAGAAGACAGACAGCAGGAGGAUGAGGUGAAGAGGAAAAAGCUGGUGCAUAUCGCCCAGGAGAUCAUGAGCUCUGAGAAAGUGUUUGUGGACGUCCUGAAGCUUCUUCACAUAGAUUUCCGGGAUGCAGUUGCCAAGGCGACGCGACAGAACGGCAAGCCGGUGGUUGAAGAGCGUAUUCUAACCCAAAUCCUCUACUACCUGCCUCAACUAUACCAGCUCAACCGAGACCUGCUCCGGGAGCUAGAGGAGAGAGUGGCCCACUGGGGGGACCACCAGAGGCUGGCAGACAUCUUUGUUCAGAAGGGGCCGUACCUGAAGAUGUACUCCACCUACAUCCGGCAGUUUGACAACAACGUGGCUAUGCUGGAUGAACAGUGUAGGAAAAACCCUGGCUUCGCAACUGUGGUCCGGGAGUUUGAGAUGAGUCCUCGAUGUGCCAGCCUGGCUCUGAAGCACUACCUGCUGAAACCUGUACAGAGAAUCCCCCAGUAUCAGCUUCUGCUCACAGAUUAUCUGAAGAACCUUCCUGAGGACUCGGCUGACUACAAAGACACGCAGGCUGCUCUGGGCAUAGUGAAGGAGGUGGCCAACCAUGCCAACGACAUCAUGAAACAAGGGGAUAACUUUCAGAAGCUGAUGCACAUUCAGUACAGUCUGAACGGACAGCAUGAGAUUGUUCAGCCGGGCAGGGUGUUUCUUAAGGAGGGCACUCUGAUGAAGCUGUCCAGGAAGGUCAUGCAGCCACGGAUGUUCUUCCUGUUCAAUGACACUCUUCUGUACACCACUCCAGUUCAGUCUGGUCAGUAUAAACUCAACAGCAUGCUCUCUCUGGCGGGCAUGAAGGUGAGUAAGCCCAGUCAGGAGGCGUAUCAGAAUGAACUGAACAUUGAGAGUGUGGAGCGUUCCUUCAUCCUGUCUGCCAGCUCGGCCACAGAGAGAGAUGAGUGGCAGGUGGCCAUCGCCACGGCGAUAGACGACCACACCAGGAAGAAGAUCACCUUCAUCUCCAGCCGGAGUCAGGAGGAGGCUGAUGGUGUGUGUGACAGUGGGGCCCCGCUGGGUUCUAAGGCCCCUAUCUGGAUCCCAGACCUGAGGGCCACCAUGUGUAUGGUCUGUACCUGUGAGUUCACCCUCACCUGGAGACGCCACCACUGCCGAGCCUGCGGGAAGGUUGUGUGUCAGACGUGCUCGUCCAAUAAGUUCUAUCUAGAGUACUUGAAGAACCAGCCGGCUCGUGUGUGUGACCACUGCUUCGUCAAGCUACAGGAGAACAGUGACCGUGUUGCUUCUGGGGCGCUGUCUCCUACUGCCAGAUCUGGGGGAUUCUCUUUCUCCAGGAAACAGAAGAAGAUCCCAGCUGCUCUCAAAGAGGUGUCUGCAAACACAGAGAACUCCUCCAUGAGUGGCUACCUACAGAGGUCGAAGGGCAACAAGAAGCAAUGGAAGAGGCUAUGGUUCGUCAUCAAGAACAAAGUCCUGUACACCUACGCCGCCAGCGAGGACGUAGCUGCUCUAGAGAGCCAGCCUCUGCUAGGAUUCUUCCUGCGGGAGGAGAAGUGUGGCCCUUUCCAGAAGCUGCAGUUUAAACUGUACCACAAAAACACCCUGUUCUAUAUCUUCAAGGCUGACGACAUCCCCACUGCACAGAGGUGGAUAGAGGCUUUCCAGGAGGCCAUGAUUCUUUAACACCUAAACCAGUCAGCUCAUGUUCUUCCCCUGGAGCCAGUGGACACGGACACCUUUUGAUCCUUGACCUCUAGACACAUGUCAGGGGUCCGCAGCUCAGGAAGCACUCCCCACACCCCGAGCCCUGAUGAACCGGUCCGGCUGCCUGCCAGGAGACCCCAGAGUCCCAGUGGUGUAAAGAACAGACAUCAAUGUCUUUCUAGUGAAAAUAUGGACUUUGUGUCAGCUCUACAUUACAUUCAUUGUAAAUGUUGGGAUCCGUUGAAAGUUUGACCUUGGUAAAACUACUAUGCUUCCAGUGGAGCUCUGAGGUUAUGGGCAUGUUGAGCCUCACAGGCUGCAUAUCAAUCUGCUCUUGAUCUUAGAUGGAAAUGUUAUGUGUCACAGCUGUGGGUCAAAGGUUAUGUCCUGAAGCGUGUGUGUGUGUGGAAGUGUUAACAGAAUUAUUGUCUGUGGACAGCCUGCUACCUUAUACAGGGGUUCCCACGGUGCACAAAAAGCCUUGAAAGUCAUUGAAAAGGAUUUGAUUUAAAUUGCUAUUGAUUUACAUUAUCCCUGAAAAGUUAAAGGAUUUAGUUAAUUUUUUUUUUUUGGGGGGGGGGGGUGUUGUAACGUAUUGUAAGAAAAGUUUAAACUCAAAUAUUGAUGAAUUAUGGAAAUUGAAAUGGUGAUUAGAGUGGGAACCUUGCAUGAUGGGAUGGAUACCAGUUACAAAGAAGGGUGAGCAAGCAGUGGGUUCUCUCUGAGUAGGGAAGCUUCUCUGGUGCACUGCAGGUGGUUGGAUUCAACUGUGAAAAAACAGGGUGCCACAGAGACACAGGAGAUGAGCAUUUUGCCCCUUAGAAAUAUAGCAAAAUUACAGGGGUCGGUUUAUAUUGUUAUUCUCUGUUAGGCUUAACUCAGUACAUCUACCACAUGUAUAAUGCAGUAUACUGGAUAAAACUGGAAAUGGCAUAAUGUCAAUAUUUUACUACACAGCCUAUAGAACAAAUGCAUUUUUAAAGAGUAUAUGUUAGAAUCAGAAGCGGUGCUUGGGCAAUAUGUAGAAUUGGGAGAGUAAAAUAUACCUUUUUUUUUUUAAGUCAAGAGAUAAUAUUUAUAUAGAACUGUACAUUUCUCACUGUCCAUAAUUAUGUGAUUUUAGAAAUAUGAUUUAUUUGAUAACGGAUACUAUCUUUGUCACUUUUGUAAUAAGUAGUAGCUACCUUUUGUAUUGUAUGCCAUGAUGGUUGUAAAAGCACGUGUUGUAACAAUGCCUCACUAGUUUGUUUUAAACUGCCACAACAGACUUGUUGGAUUCAUUAGGAGGAAUCUUUUAAUCCAGGCCUCAUUUGUAUCAUUUUUUUAUUGAAUAAUUUAAAGUGAACAGAUGACAAAAUAAUGCUUGUCCUUUGAGGUGGAAUGGAGAAUGAAAUGUAUCCCUGAGGAAAUGCUCACUAGCAAUAAAGCAACAUCCAGACAGUGCCUUAAAUAUGCGCAAUUAUCUUGUAAUAAUAUAGAUACAGAGAACGUUAUUUCAUCAUGUGGUGCAUUGUUUAAUUAAUUAUUCAUUUGAAUUAGGAUAUUCUAUUAUCACAGUGACUACUUUGGCUGGCACAUCUGACAUUUAACAGUGUAAAUAUCCAUUAUGUAUUUAAAUAGAAAAUUGUUUCGAGUUUACAUUUAGUACUUCAAAUGUACUAAUCAGGUUGCACUACUACACCAUUGUGGCAGUUGGCCUUAUGGGAAAUGAAGUUUAUAACACAGAGAAGCAUUAGGGAUAACUCAAAACAGAUCAUAUUUUAUAGAGACUAAAUGUCCCUCCACCCUUAUACACAAUCACUAGAGAGCCAUCGUGUCUCAUCUGUAAAUAAUAUUUCUACAGAACUGUCAGGCACCACUUUUUAAUAAAACCUAUGAAAGUGA